AUGUCGUCGUCCACAUAUCCGACAAGCGUGGCGGUGAACGUCGCCAAAUUCAACAAGGUCAACGACUUGGCUGGGUUGGUCAAUGGUGCUGCGUGUGGCAUAUUGCAACUUGAAGGGUUGAAUGGCUUUCUUUAUUACGCCGUCAGCUACACGUUGGUGAACACGCUAUUCGUUAUAAUAAGUUGUCAAGGCACCCCAAAAAGGUUUUUCCAGGGGUUUCUGGUGUUUGCUAAUGGUUUUAUUGGCAACAUUGCCGGAUUCAUCAUGAUGUGGUGUUUAACUGGUGCAUUGGUAAAGGCUUGA